CCAAAACCAUUUUUUCUCUCUAAUUCGCCGAUUCGCGGAGCGCAUCGACCUCUCAACCUCUUUCGUCCUUCCCCCAUCGCGACUUGUUCGCACAAAAUCUCUGGAUUUCGCUACUAUCAGUUACUUUUUAUCGAUCUCAAUGAGACGAAAUCCUCCCUUUUUCUCUUUGGCACCUCGCUGCUAACGGUGGCCACCUAAGCCCUACUUCCCGCUAUACGGGUGCAGCUUCCUCGAUCGUGGACUUUGGUUUUGCUCUACCCAAUUGAAGAUCUACAUCCGAUCUAGGGUUUUCUUGUAGCCCCUAUUCUACGAAUCUAGGGUUUCUAAUCGGGUCAAGAAGGUGGAAUUCGAUUUGAAUUGAUGUUUCUUUUCAAGGAUGAAGUUGGGAUCGAUUCAGUAUUCAAGGGACAUGGAGGGUUAUGCAUGUGUUGGGAGGUGAGGAGUGGAAACAGAGGCGGCACAUGUGGCCAGUCCCUGUCACCGCGACGACUGUAGCUCCCGCUGCCGAUUCUUCAUCAUCCGAAUUCAUAUGCAAAGAUGGACGUGAGAUCCGUGUUGGUGAUUGUGCACUUUUCAAGCCACCCCAAGAUUCCCCACCUUUUAUAGGAAUAAUUCGCAAAUUAACAUUGAAGAAAGAAGAAAGUCCGAGUUUAGAAGUGAAUUGGCUUUACCGACCUGCUGAUCUGAAGCUUGCAAAAGGGGUCCAGUUGGAAGCUGCGCCAAACGAGGUCUUUUACUCCUUUCACAAGGAUGAAACACCUGCUGCAUCAUUACUCCAUCCGUGUAAAGUUGCAUUCCUUCGUAAAGGUGUUGAACUUCCUUCAGGGAUAUCCGCAUUUGUCUGUAGACGAGUGUAUGACAUUAAGAGUGAGCGUUUAUGGUGGCUAACUGAUAAAAACUACAUUAAUGAACGACAAGAAGAAGUUGACCAGCUAUUAGAUAAGACAAGACUAGAAAUGCAUGGGGCAGUGCAGUCAGGAGGCCGUUCUCCAAAACCCUUGAAUGGUCCAACAUCAACACCUCCACUGAAAUCUGGUUCUGAUAGUGUUCAAAAUAGUUCGUCCUUUGGUUCACAGGGUAAAGGAAAGAAGAGAGAACGGGGUGAUCAGGGAUCUGAUUCAUCAAAAAGAGAACGAUUAAUCAAAACAGAGGAUGGUGAUACUGGUCAACAUAGGCCAGAAAAUAUGCUAAAAUCUGAGAUUGCUAAAAUUACUGACAACGGUGGUCUUGUGGACUUUGAGGGAGUUGAAAGACUGGUACAGCUCAUGCAACCCGACAGUGCUGAUAAAAAAAUAGAUUUGGCUGGGCGAAUAAUGCUUGCUGAUGUAAUAGCAGUCACAGAUCGGUUUGACUGUCUUGGAUGGUUUGUACAACUCAGGGGUCUGCCUGUAUUGGAUGAAUGGCUGCAGGAGGUUCAUAAGGGGAAAAUUGGUGAUGGUAAUACGCCCAAAGAAAGCGACAAGUCUGUUGAAGAAUUGCUGUUAGCUCUACUUCGUGCGUUGGAUAAGCUUCCAGUGAACCUUCAUGCUUUAAAGACAUGUAAUGUUGGAAAGUCUGUGAAUCAUUUGCGUACUCACAAGAAUUCUGAAAUUCAAAAGAAAGCUAGGAGCUUAGUUGACACUUGGAAGAAACGUGUUGAGGCUGAAAUGAAUAUUAGUGACUCAAAAUCUGGAUCUAGCCGGGGUGUCUCUUGGCCAGCAAAGCCUGCAUCUUCUGAGGUGUCUCAUGUUGGAAGUAGGAAAACAGGUGGAUCUGCUGAGGUAGCUGCAAAGAGCUCUGGUAUGCUGCUAUCUGCAUCCAAAAACUCCCAGGCUAAGAUUAGCUCAGGUGAAUCACUGUCCACUCUCGCAUCUGCCACUUCUGCCACUACUAAAGCUACUACCGCCUCAGUAGCCUGUAAUUUGAAGGAGCAAAACGUUAAACCUGGAGCUGGAACAUCAGAUUUACCCUUGACACCUAUCAAGGAGGAAAGGAGCAGCAGUUCUAGUCAGUCUCAAAACAACAGCUUAUCUUGUUCUAGUGAACAAGCAAAAACUAUCGGUUCUUGUAGGGAAGAUGCAAGGAGCUCCACUGCUGUGUCAAUGAGUGUGAGCAAAAUUCCUGGCAGUGCCUCUCGCCCCCGGAAAUCAAGCAAUGGUCUGCAUGGUUCUGCUUUAACUGCAGUCCAGAAGGAGCCCCAUCCUGGAAAAAGCUUGAGUAGAAACUCGGCCUCAGAGAAGGUUUCACCGAAUCAACCCGCCCGUGAAAAAUCACCUGACGUGCCUCUUCCUGAUCAUGGAAGUAAUCAGAGACUGAUCGUUAGGUUGCCAAACACUGGCCGAAGUCCUGCCAGGGGAGCUGGUGGGGGAUGUGAAGAUCCUGCAAUUAUGUCUGGCAAAUCAUCACCUCCUGGAGAUAAGCAUGAGAAUGUGGAUAGAAGAGUGAAAUCCAAAACUGAUGGUUCUCAGAAUAAUAAUGUCACAAAUAUGGCCGCUGAUGUUUGUGAUGCUAACGAUGCUGUGACUGACUAUGAGGAAGGUAAUGGCUCACCUACUGGUGAAGAAUGCAGGGCCAGUGAAGAUGGUGAUAAACUCACGGAAACAUCAAAGCCAACUAGUUCAUCCGGAUUUCUUUCCAGAUCAGGGCAGACUUAUGAUGCAUCCUUGAGCUCCAUAAAUGCAUUAAUUGAAAGUUGUGUGAAAUUCUCUGAAGCAAGUCCCUCUGUGUCCCCUGUAGAUGAUGCUGGCAUGAACCUACUUGCCACUGUAGCUGCUGGAGAAAUAUCUCGGUCAGAAAAUGUGACGCCGGCAGUUUCUCCGGGGAGGAAGUCUCCUGCAGUAGAUGAAUCAUGCUCAGGCAACGAUAAUAAGUUGCAACAUUCAGGUGAAGCAGUUGGUUGCACUCCUGAACAUUUGAAGGCUACCGAAGAUCAUGUAAACACCGUUGAUCCAUUGCAGCUCAAGAAUGAUGCAAGGCACACUGUAGGAUCAAGAUCAUGUGAUCUGUCUGAAGAUGGCGAAACUACACAAUCUGCUUGCAAAGAGAAAACUGGUGAUGGUAAAAGUCAAACGAAUUUGUCCCCUGCAGAGUUGUCGCGUAAUGUGGAAGGUCCAUUCUUAGGGCCUGAAACCAAAGAGGAAGCAUCUGAAGCAGUAUUGCCUGCUAAAAAGGAGAAUGUUGCAGGGCCCGAGGGAGCUAGUUUGCUUCAUGAGGAGAGGAAAAUGGGAACUCAUUGGGCUAAGAGCAGCAAUAAUUCAGACUCUAAAAUAAAAACAAGGAGUUCUAUUGAUGAAGACCGGAAGGUUGAUCAUGUUAAUGAGAGGAAGAUGGAGAAUGAAGCAUCAGUUUCUGAAGGGCCUUCUGCAAGUCUAGAAAUAGAGAAGGAAGUGUGUGAAAAAUCACCUGAAUCAUCUACAGGUUUGGUUAAUGAGAACCAGAUUAGUGGGGAAAAAGUGGCAGGUAGUAUCAUCUCAAUGCAAAAGCCCACUCCUCUGGCGGAAAAACAGCACGAGUUUAUUGAGGGCAGAAAUGAGAAUGUUGUGGUACCACCUUCUGCUCCUAGUUAUCCUUUGAUGGAAUCUAAUGUUGUGAGUGCGGCUGACGUGAAACCAUGUGAGAUGGAACAUAGUAAGGAGAGACAAAGGGAUCUGGACUCAUCAGGGCCUGCUUUCGACAACCAAUGUACUGCAGAUAAUUUGGAUAGAAAAGAAGUUCUUGGUUUCGGCACUGAUUCAUCAGUACAGUCUGAGUCUCCAAAACGUUCUGUACAAGAGAAUGAAGUGCUAAAAAAGCCUUCUGGUUUUAAUUUGGACAGAGUUAUGUCUGAUGGUGCGGCUGAACAACAUGCCUCUGGUGUUAGUGAUUCACCUGCUGCCAGAGAGCCGGAUGUAGCAGUGAAGCUAGACUUUGAUUUAAAUGAGGGAUUUCCUGUUGAUGACGUGAAUCAAGGGGAUGUUGUGAGACAGGAAGAACCCAUCACAUCAUCUGCAGUCCAUGUUCCAUGCCCAUUGCCUUUUCCUGUUUCUUCGAUGUCUGGGGGUUUCCAUGCUUCGAUUACUGUGGCUUCUGCUGCCAAGGGGCCUGUUAUUCCACCUGAGAACCCAUUGCGGAGUAAGGGGGAACUUAGGUGGAAAGGGUCAGCUGCUACCAGUGCAUUCCGACCGGCAGAGCCCAGGAAAAACACAGAGCAGCCAUUAAAUACUAGUGAUAAUAGUGCUACCAAGCAAGGUCGUGCUCCUUUAGAUUUUGAUUUGAAUGUGCCUGAUCAAAGAAGUUUUGAGGAUGUUGCUUCCCAUGGCUCUUCAGAGACUUGUUUAGAAUCCUUGCCUCGUGACCGUGGGACUGGAGGUCUUGAUCUUGAUUUAAAUAGAGUUGAUGAGACUCCUGAUGCUGGUUGUUUUUCUGUGAGCAAACUGGAUAUUCCUUCUUUACCAACUAAACCUUCGUUAUCUGGUGGUUUAUCCAGCGGUGGAAAUGUAUCAAGAGACUUUGAUUUAAAUAAUGGGCCAGGCCUUGAUGAAGUUGGCACUGAAGCCCCAGCACGUAGCCAGCAGAUAAAAAGUACCCUACCAAUGCCUUCGACUGUUCAUGGUGUUAGAACAAAUCAUGCUGAUUUUGGGAAUUAUUCAUCAUGGUUUCCUUCAGGCACGUCCUAUCCUGCAAUCAAUGUCCCACCACUUCUGCCUGGUAGAGGAGAGCAGAGCUUUGUUGCUGGUACUGGAGCACAGCGAAUCUUGGGUCCUCCAGGUAGCACUUCUUUCGGUCCUGAAAUCUAUAGGGGGGCAGUUCUUCCAUCAUCUCCAGCUGUUGCUUAUCCUCCCAGUACACCAUUUCAGUACCCAGGAUUUCCUUUUGAAACAAAUUUUCCUUUGUCUUCAACUUCCUUUUCUGGCUGUUCAACACCCUUCAUGGAUUCCUCAACGGCAGGUGGACUUUGCUUUCCUGCCAUGCCGUCACAGCUAGUUGGGCCUGGUGGUGUUGUCUCAUCCAAUUUUCCCCGUCCUUAUGUUAUGAGUCUUCCAGGUGGUACAAGUAAUGUGAUGCCUGAGAGUAGAAAAUGGGGAGGUCACAGUCUGGAUCUUAAUUCAGGCCCUGGUGGUGCGGAUACAGAACGGAGAGAUGAUAGAGUGCCUUCAGGGUUGAGGCAACCUCCUGUCUCAAGUUCCCAAGCUUUGAUGGAGGAACAGAUGAAGAUGUUUCAGGUGGCAGGAGGUGUUUUGAAGAGAAAGGAACCUGACGGUGGUUGGGAUGGAGCUGAUAGAUACAACAGCUAUAAACAACCCUCUUGGCAAUAGGAUCACAAUUGUUUGAGGCAAAUUUUCAGGAGGUUGUGAGCCCCCUUCUUUUGUUCAUUAGGUCAGAAAUAUUGAAGACGAUACAAGUGUCAAGCCAGCCUCGAAUGAGACUGCAGCUGUGCCUUAUCAUUUCUGACAGACAGGGAUCUGGGCCUCUGAUGCAGCUGUUUUGAAUGACUGUGCAUGGAAUUGUGAUAUGCUUCUUGCAGAUGAAGUUUUUCCUGUGUAGAUAUCUAACUUAAACAGCAGAUGUGAUAAUGCCGCCUAGAUUCAGAUUCAGAGAAGUUGGCAUUGAGUGUAUGACCGCACUGCAAAAGUACCGGACUCCAAUCCGUUCUCCGAGCAUUUGGAUGGAGAGGAUUGGAUGUAUGAACUGGCUUAGGCUUGGGGCCAGUUUGGGCCUUCUUUCAAUUAUUUUUUUCAACUUCUUGUUUCAUAUAUAGUUAUUGCUGUAGUCUUGACUGCCGAAUUUUGUCACUUUAUCACAUUCUGGGGUAUUGAUAAUGCACAGGUUUAGCCACCAUGGUCCAUGUGUUACUUUGUA